CGCGCGCGUGUUCGGUUAUUAGUCGCGCCAGCGUCGUUAGAUCCUCGUCAAACCGCAAUCUCUGGCUGUUUAGAUCAGCAGAAGUCUUGAGUCUUCGAUCACAGCAUCUGAGGUUAUCUCUUGUGAUUUCUUUGGAGUCCGUAGGAAAACAUCUAGAUCUAGAUCUAACUAGAUUAACGCUUUCCACUUCGACAGUUACAUAAAUCUACAAGAGUCUUGUUGGAAUAUGAAUGCUAAUUAAGCAUAAUAAGCGACGCUUUAAACAAUAUUCAUUUGUUUCGUAUAUAAGUUCAUUUUAAAAAGUUGUACUUUUUAAUUGAGCAUUCUGGAUAGUCAUCAGUUGCAGCUUCAGUGAAGCAGCGUAAGAAGUGUCCCCGAAUCACCGGAUAGUAUUUCUGAGUGCUUCUAGCAUUCGGUCAGUGAACAGAGUACGCAUAUUUGCCUUCGAUUAUUUCAUAAGUAGUUCGAUUCUUUCGUCCAAACACUGACUCAGCCAGCUGAUGUACAAUACUGAACUUAACGAUACUCAACUGUGAUCCCAGCUUAUGGUUAAGUGAACCACUUCGCUUCUAAGAAAAGGAAUGCCGUUCCACACUUGAAAGACAGUAGUAUGUGUACGGUCUAUGUGGUAUAUGUGCUUACAUAAACGUUAUUAGAUUCUUUAGAAUGGUGAACACUAGAUUGGACUCACACUAUUGAGUUGACCGAUCCCCAGACUGUGUUGAAGUACAGAGAGUCUUAUUGCCUUAUGGACAUCAGUUGUUGGUAGUCAUUGAUCAUACAGUCCGAGAAAUUCCUACAGAUGAGCACCAUGCUUCCAAACAUGCUGAACCCAACCACUCUCUACCAGAACAUGAUGAGGACGCCCCUGUCUCAGUACACGCACCCCGCGUCCAUCACGAGCGCCUCCGCCUCUUUCCUCAUGGAGAACCUCCUGAGGGAGAGAAGCGCCGCCGCUGCCGCCGCGGCCGCCAUCCUGCCUCGCCCCCAUCACCCGAGCCUCUCCCCCGUCGGGCUGGGGCUCAGCAUGGGCGGCGGCAUGAGGACGGGCCUGGGGUCCCCCGGCUCGGACCACUCCUCGCCGUGCUCAGACAGGUCGCUGCACGAGCCCCUAAAGACACUGUCCACCACGCCGUCCUCGUCCACGCCACAACCCUCCCCUCCUCCCCCUGCUGUCUACGUGGUGUCCUCCUCAGCAGCUGCCAGGAACAGCGCGGUCUGCUCCUCGUCGGGGACCGGAACCAGCGACAGCCGUUCCUACAGUUCCCCUCAAGCUCCUUUUCUGAAAUUCGGAAUGAAUGCCAUCUUGGGGAAUGACAUAAACCGGAAGUCCCCCCAAAGCGGAACGGCGCCCAGAACCAAGACCACACACAUUGGAAGCCACACAGGGGCGUUUCUGAACUUUUCCCCAUCGUCACUACCGCCUCUUUCAUCCGGGUGUGUCAAGGGGGCGUGUCCAUUUCCCGCGCAUGGCAUCUCCUGCUCCACGUGCAGUCCACGACAUCCAGCAUUUUACGACAAUCCUUACCAGGCCAUGUUGAGGGCGCCAUAUUUUGGAGCCUCUCCACUACUUCCGAUGCCCAACCCGUUCACAUUCCUAAGUACCAUGAGGGGCAAGCCUAGAAGAGGCAUGCUCAGGAGGGCAGUCUUCUCUGACGCCCAGAGAAAGGGUCUGGAGAAGAUGUUCCAGAGACAAAAGUACAUCAGCAAACCCGACAGGAAGAAGCUUGCCUCAAAACUUGGGUUGAAGGACUCACAGGUUAAAAUUUGGUUUCAAAAUCGAAGAAUGAAAUGGAGAAACUCCAAAGAAAGAGAACUCCUCUCUAACGGAGGCUCAAGGGAAUCUACCCUGCCAAACAAAAGUAAUCCAAACCCUGACCUCAGUGACGUCAGAGAAUCGGACUCAACGCAGGUCCACACCGAUGACGACAUGUACGACAACCACGCAUCGGGGUCCCCUACCGGAAGUCUGGUUUCAAGUCUGCCCGGGAGUCCUCUUGACCCUUCGCUCUCGCUGCAGCACUCUCAGGCGCAUGCGCAGGAUGAUGACAGUGAUAUGGAAUCUGACGAAGAAAUAACUGUGUCUUGAUGUCCAAAGACUCCAUUUUUUUUAAAAUAGUUUCUACUACUUUUCACAUUUUUUUUUACAACGUAGUCCGACUGAUGUACAUACUGUGAAUAAUGAAACCUGUACAGAUUUGUACAGAGAACUGCCAUUUGUAAAUAAAGUAGCCUGUAAGGGGCACUUCCUGUUUCUUUAGAAUGUUAUUUCGCAUUGAAGUUUUUGUUUUAAUAAAUUAUUCCUCAGCUUCA